AUGGACACCACCGGCCACAGCGUCGUCCUCCUGCAGCAGCUGAACAUGCAGCGGGAGUUUGGCUUUCUGUGCGACUGCACGGUUGCCAUUGGAGAUGUUUACUUCAAAGCCCACAGAGCGGUGCUAGCUGCUUUCUCAAACUACUUUAAGAUGAUAUUUAUUCAUCAGACAAGCGAAUGCAUAAAGAUCCAGCCCACAGAUAUCCAGCCUGACGUAUUCAGCUACCUGCUGCACAUCAUGUACACGGGGAAGGGGCCCAAGCAGGCGGUCAGCCGGAGCCGCCUGGAGGAGGGCAUUCGCUUCCUGCACGCCGACCACCUUUCCCACAUCGCCGUCGAGAUGAACCAGGCCUUCUCCCCGGAGUCGGUGCCCUCCUCCAAUCUCUAUGGGAUCCAGAUCUCCACUGCCCACAAAGCCAAACGUCUGGAAGCGAAGGAGAGCCUGGCGACCACGGGGAGCCGGCCCCCUGCGCAGGGGGAUCCCCCGCAGCUGCAGCUCUCCCUUGCUCUCGGCCUGGACGAUGGCCCCCUGGAGCCGCAGGUUGCCCGUCCCUCUGCGCAGCCUGCCGGUGCUGCCAAGCCCGCCCAAGAGCUUCCCAAACUCUCCGUCUCCAUAAAGCAGGAGAAGUGUGACUCGGAGUCCGUCGUGUCCCAGAGCUGCAGCCCUCCUUCUCCGGGCAUAGCGCAUCCCGCCUUUGCCAAAGCCAGCCACAAGGUGCACUUGUGCCACUACUGCGGGGAGCGCUUCGCCUCGCGCGGCGGCUUGCGGGAGCACCUGCACAGCCACGUGUCGGGCUCGCUGCCCUUCGGGGUGCCCGCCUCCAUCCUGGAGAGCAGCGACCUGGGGCAGUGCCAGCCGCUGGCGCAGGGCGCCUAGGCCGUCGAGGGUCCCCGGCUCGGGGCCUUCCUCCUGCGCGAGGACGAGCAGCCCGUGGAGCGCCCGGGCCGCGGCGACCUGGAGCCCCUGCAGAUCGGGCAGCUCUCGCUCAUCUCCAAGGACCACAAGCCAGUGGAGCUCAACUGCAACUUUUCCUUCUCCAGAAAGAGAAAAAUCAGUUGCAGCAUGUGUGGCCGCACGUUCUUCCGGAAGAGCCAGCUGCUGGAGCACAUGUACACGCACAAGGGGCAGCAGCACAAGCACAGCCGCUGCCAGCGGCUGGAGAGCCCCACGACGCCCCGGUUCCGCCCGUACUGUGACAGCGAGAGCGUGGCAAAGAGCUCGGCGCUGUCUCAAGAGCACUUAGAUUCAUGUAUUCUGGAGUCUGAUCUGAUCCAGGAAAGUGUUGACACGAUCCUCGUGGAGUAGUUCUGC